AUGGCUGCGGGCUCUGUGGAGUCUCAGCGGCCCAAGGCGGCCUCCGAGAGGCCCGUGGCGGGUCAGGCCGGGGUGCUGCCUUGCCUGGAGCUGCCGAGCUACGCCGCGGCGUGUGCGCUGGUGAGCAGCCGCUAUUCCUGCUUGGUGGCCGCCCCGCACCGCAGGCACAUCGCCCUGUCGCCCCGCUACCUGAGCAGGAAGCGCACGGGCAUCCGCGAGCAGCUGGACGCUGAGCUUCUGCGCUACUCCGAGAGCCUUUUAGGUGUCCCAAUUGCAUAUGAUAACAUCAGAGUUGUAGGUGAACUGGGAGAUAUUUAUGAUGAUCAAGGACACAUUCAUCUUAACAUUGAAGCAGAUUUUGUUAUUUUCUGCCCUGAACCAGGGCAAAAGUUAAUGGGUACAGUUAAUAAAGUAUCUUCUAGCCAUAUUGGCUGUUUAGUCCAUGGAUGUUUUAAUGCCUCCAUCCCUAAACCUGAGCAGAUGUCAUAUGAGGAGUGGCAGACGUUGGAGAUAAACGUAGGAGAUGAGCUGGAAUUUGACGUAUUUCGCUUAGAUUCAGAUUCUGCCGGAGUAUUCUGCAUUAGAGGAAAGCUAAACACCACAAGUUUGCAACUUAAGAGCUCUGUAGUUUCUGAAGAUGUAGCAGAAACUGUCAUUGAAGAGGUUGUUGAGAAAAUUUCAAAGAAAAAAAAGAAGAAAAACAAAGACACAGAAUCAUGUGCAACAGUCGAUGGUGUUACAGAGGUUGCAGAUAUUACAGAUGUCACUCCAAAGGAAGAAACAGACCUACCGUGUAGUGAUAAUGUGAAUGACUUCUGUGAGGAAGAGCCAAAGAAGAAGAAAAAGAAGAAGAAAAGGCACCAGGAAGAUCAGGACCCCAUUUUCCAAGCCAGUGACUCCAGUGGCUACCAAAGUGACCAUAAGAAGAAAAAAAAGAAAAGAAAACACAGUGAAGAGGCUCACUUUGAGUCACCUAAGAAGUGACAGUAAUUGUCUUUUCUAUUGUUCACAUACUCAGAUACAGAGAUGAAUAGAUGUUUUGAAUGGUAGGAAAUACUUACGGGAAGUUCAUAAGCAAGUACUUGAUUAGUAAUUGGGUUUUGUACUAAAAUCAUACAACUGACUAUAAAUGUUGGAUAAUACCAGUAUUAUUAAAGUAUUAUUUUAUUACAGUUCCGUGGAAAAUAUUAA